GGCCGGCCCAAAUGGUUUUAAGCCCAGUUUGCUAUAACUUGUCCAGCAAGGGUUAAACCCUAAUUAGUUGUCUAUAUAUUUGAUCUCCUGUACUUGUAAUCAUCAUCACUCAAUAAUACAAACCCUAGUUGCCCCUGUGGAUGUAGGUCAGAUUAGACCGAACCACGUUAAAUCUCGUGUUCUCUAUUGCUUUCUUGCUUUCUAUUCGUGUGUGUGUGCUUUUGUUCUUAACAACUGGUAUCAAAGCCUAGGUCAUACACACAGAUCUGCCUCCACUGCCAACCCUAGCGACUCUAGGGUUUCUGCCGACACAUCAGAAGACCACCGAGAUAGUCAUCUGUGGGCAGUCCGAACAACCUUACUGUUCAGUUUGCUGCUGCAAUUUUCGAGGUCAGUUCUGGUUGUUUGUUUCAAUCUGGUCUCACGUGUUCUCUGGUCAGAUUUUUGGAUACUCAGAAGACAUGGUGUCUGAGGACGGAAAGAUCAGGAUAGAGAAAAAGGAAUCAAACUCUAAGGUUCAAAAACAGCAGGUUGAGUUUGACACAGGAGCAGAAAAGCAGGGAGCUAAACUGGUUCCUGAACCGGUUUCCGAACAAGAAACUGAAACAAUUGUCAACGCAGUUCCAGAGCUUGAAGUCGGUGGAAAUGAUGAGUCAGAGGUAGCUUCUGACAGUGGGAGUUCGGAGUCUGAAGAUGAACAAUCCCCAUCUGACCACAGUGAUCAGUGGGUCAGGAGGUCCACCAGAGUUACAAAGAAGCCAGAUAGAUAUACGCCUUCAGUUAAUUAUAUUCUCUUGACAGAAAAUGAUGAGCCAGAAAGUUACUCCGAGGCAGUCAAGAUGAAAGAUUCUCUCCACUGGUCUCCUGGAAUAGUGUUGAGGAGAGGGGCAACUAGGGAGAUGUGAAGAUCAAGGAAGAUUUUUCAUUUACAGAAGUACAGAGAGGAGCCGCAGUUUGGUCCAAAGACUCCAAGUGGGAGAUUGUUGGUGAUGUGUAGUCAUCGGCCCAAAGUGGCCCACUUGUAGACAACUGAGAAUUAGGAGACCAGAUUAGGGUUUCGGCCGGCCCAAAUGGUUUUAAGCCCAGUUUGCUAUAACUUGUCCAGCAAGGGUUAAACCCUAAUUAGUUGUCUAUAUAUUUGAUCUCCUGUACUUGUAAUCAUCAUCACUCAAUAAUACAAACCCUAGUUGCCCCUGUGGAUGUAGGUCAGAUUAGACCGAACCACGUUAAAUCUCGUGUUCUCUAUUGCU